AUGGGUUGGAAGGAACACUUGGAUAAUAUCUACUUUGAUUUAAACAACCCUAUCAGUUAUGCGGGACCAGAAAAGAUUUACAAAUAUUUAAAAAAAAAAAAAAAAAAAGAAGGAAAGUACAAGAUCGGAAUUCAUGCCAUUCGUCGUUUCCUUCAGGAUAUAGACGCCUACAGCUUACAACGUCCUCUACGCUACAAGUUUAAGACUAGAAAAGUAAUAUCUCAAGGUAUCGAUGCUUUAUGGGAUGUUGAUCUAGCUGACGUCUCUAACCUAGAGAAAGAAAACGAUGGAAUACGAUAUUUAUUCAUUCCCAUUGACGUGUUUUCGCGUCAUUUGUGGGUUGUUCCUUUGAAGAAUAAACAACACCAGUCUAUCAUUGACGGAUUCAAACACAUAUUUGGUCAGGGUAGAAAACCACAAGAGGUCAGAUCGGAUCCGGGCAGUGAAUGGAAAAAUAGAUGGGUAAAACAAUAUUUAGACAAAGAGGGAGUCGGGCAUUAUGUCACUCAUAACGUCACUCAUGCAAAUUAUGCUGAGAGAGUAAUCAGGACACUGAAAGUGUUGAUGUAUUGCUAUUUCACUCACAACCGGACCCAUCACUACUUAGAUGUUCUACAGGAUAUCGUCCACAAUUACAAUGCCAGGCCCCACAGUGUUCUAGAUGGUAAAUCACCGGAUGGUAUUGAGAAGUCCAAUGAAGCAUUGGUGUGGAAACAUUUGUAUGUUGACUCGAAGAAACCUAGGAUAGUUAAGAAAAAGAAAAGCUCAAAACCUUUCAAGUUUAAAGUUGGCGAUGUAGUAAGAAUAUCGGCCAACAGACGCACAUUCCAACGUGAUUUUGAGCAAAAAUGGACAGAAGAGGUUUUCACCAUCAAGACGAGGUACCUUCGUCAAGGUAUACCUAUCUAUAAAAUCAUUGACUACGACGGAGAUUCGAUAGCUGGAACUUUUUAUAACAGCGAACUACAAAAGGUCAACAAAGGGAGGGAUGACUUGUUCAAGGUGGAAAGGGUGUUAAAACGACGAAAGAGAAACGGAAUUCAGGAAGUAUAUGUAAAAUGGCUUGGUUAUCCAAAGAAAUUUAACAGUUGGAUCAAAGAGAGCGACGUCCAAAACCUAUAA